AUGAAGCUCGUUUACAUUGGCGUUUUCAAGAACGACACCAAAGAUGCCAUCGAACUGACGGGCGCGGAGAACCUCAAAUCGAUCAACCGAUGGGUACAAAAGGGUGUCAAAGAAGGCAUUGUAUUUGCUUCGGCCGUGGUUGCCAAAAGGACACCUCCACAUAAGAUGACGGAUGUCUUGGAAAAUGGACACAAGUUCCACGCCUUGGCUUCCGCUGACCCCAUAUGCGCUGUUGUCGUGACCGACGAUGAAUACCCCAGCAGUGCCGCACAUCGCAUUGUCCGCAAGGUCCUUGACGAGUUCUCCGCCAAAUACCCCCGCUCUGCCUAUAGCGGUUUCACGACCGACGCCGCCAAAUUGUCGUAUCCCGAACUCAAAGAAUACGUGGAGAAGUACCAGGACCCGGAAACCGUCGACGCCACAAUCAAGAUCCAGCGGGAGCUUGACGAAACAAAGGUCGUACUACACAAGACUCUUGAGAGUGUGUUGGAGCGUGGAGAGAAGCUGGACGAUUUGGUCCAGAAGAGCGAGGGGCUGAGUGCACAGAGCAAGAUGUUCUACACCCAGGCUAAGAAGCAAAACUCGUGCUGCACGGUCAUGUGA